UUCCGCCGGUGUGAUAGUUCUCUCCGGUGACAGCGUUUAGCGUUUUAUCUGUCAUUUUAAGUGUGUUCUCAAGCGUCAGGAAGACCUUCACAGCGCCGUAUAGCCGGGAAAUCUGUUUUGACACAUCGGAGAGCAGGUUAAUAUGUUUUGGUCCAGAGCUUUCCGUUAACCGGCAACUUAAGGCCAUUAGCUAGCAGCUAGCAUUUCGCCGGUACGGACGGAGCAGCUCUUUGUCUGACAGGGGAAGGCGUGCUCUUUUGUUAGGCUUUUCCCUUUGUCCACCCGCGUAAGAGGAACUGUUGGCUCAGGUUUUCAUGAUCAUCUGUACUUUUAAGAGUACUUAGAAAAUGCAAAACGCGAAAAAAUACUUCACAGAAGGCCUGAUUCAGUUGACCAUCCUGCUCAGUUUGAUUGGAGUUCGCGUGGAUAUCGACAGCUACUUGAGCGGCUACUACACGCCUCUGACAGAGAUUAAUCUGGGUCCGAGCUCAGCCUACAUCCAGACACCCUUCCACAGUUUAAGAGACAAUCUCGACGGAUACAGUGUGCACCCAAAAUGUCCCGAGUUGGACUAUUUCUUUGCGAGUCGGCGGCUGUUAGACGAGGUGAGGACCCUCGGUUCCCCGCGGUUCCCAACUCAGCUGAACGCGUGGCUGGUGCACCAGGUGUCCGCCACUGAUAAGGCUGACUGUGGGCCUUCAACCAGCAACACCACCAGCACCGGCCCGGUUCUGGAGAGUUCUGGAGAAGAUGCCAGCGACCAUGUGUCUGACAGCGGCCAGGAGGUGUGCCAGACGAAUCCCGAGCCGGGACAGGAGCCUGGUAGCACUGGAGCCUGCGGGUUUCUUAAACAGGAGGACAGUGUUAAAGUUAAAGAAGAGGAGGAGGAUCCUGCUCCAAUCACUCAGCUUGCUCACAGUUCUACACUGGAACAAGAGAGUUUGCUUGAAGGCAUCACUGCAUUGUCCAACCCAGCACAUCACAUCCCUCUCACCAUUGAUAUUGACCCUCAUUGGAACAGUUUACUGUCCAUUACAGACCUCGAAGACUUGGACUCCCUUGUCACCGAGCGGCUGUCGGACCUUGACACUGACAUUGCCAGCGCCAUCAGUCAGGAUGUCAGCCUGCACGACGCUACAGUAAACGGCUCCCGAGCAUUUGGCGUGCUGUCUGGAAGAACCGAGUUAAGAACGGCCCCCCGACAACAAAGAGCCCUCCUGCGCCUGGAAUCCGCAGGCUCUUCGCACUCGGAUGCGUCGCCAGGGAUGGCUCUGGGCCUCGCUGCACUCCCGUUUGCAUCAGUAUGCAAUUUAACUGGAAACGUGUCGUCACACAGCUCACUGGGCGACUGUCUGGAUGAAGCAGUGUUUGACCAGAUCAAUCAGUUAGGUCUGGAAGGCUUGGACACAAUAGACAGUCAGCUGAUGGACUCUCUGAACAGCAUCGACCCCCAGGUGCUCGAGGACUUGGACUCGGACUCUGGCCUCUCCCUGGAGAGCAGCUCUGGAGGUCCAGUCUCUCCAGGCUCGUCUGAGGUGUCGUCUUCGUCCAGCUCAUACUGCGAGGAUGAGUGCGGAGCAACAGGCUACAGCAGCGAGGUGGAAUCGGUUCCUUCUAAAGGCGUCGUGGACUACACCACCGCCUGGUCUCCUGUGGAUCUGAGUGAGAGUGUGUGGCACGAUCACAGCUACUCGGCUCCCCCGGCCUUCUUCACCCCGCCGUCAGUGGCCCUGCCCCACAAAGGCAUCAAAGAAGAGCCUCUCAGCGACGACGACGGCGCCCUGUUGGAGGAGCGGGAGAUGAGCCGCGAUGAGAUGCGCGCCCGUGCCAUGUGCAUCCCGUUCUCCGUCCUGCAGAUCGUCAACAUGCCCGUGGAAGAGUUCCUGGAGGUCCUCGACGGCCACGGCUUCUCGCAAGAGCAGGUGACUCUUCUGAGGGACAUCCGCAGGCGCGGCAAGAACAAGCUGGCUGCGCAGAACUGCCGCAAGCGCAAACUGGACGCCAUCACGGGUCUCCAAGAGGAGGUGGAGCGGCUCCAGGUUCAGAGAGACAGACUGCUGAGGGAGAAGCAGCUCACAGCAAAGACAAUGGGUGCCGUGGGACACCAGAUAAAGCAGCUGACCAGAGACGUGCUGGCCCGGCUGAGGGACAGUUCGGGGCAGCCCCUGAACCCAGACAGGUUCACCCUGCAGUGCGGGGCUAACGGGAGGGUCGUCAUUCAGCCCGUGAGGCGGCCCGCCGUCUCCACAUCAACUGGCAACAAAACAGACAAGAGGAAGAAGGACAAAAAGCAAUGAUGCACUAUUUCCAACUGAGACUCGAGCUGAUAGGUUUUUGAAUCUUACCGGGCUUUUUUUAUUUGGUUUGUUUUUGUUUUGUUCUUUUGGCGCCACACUUUGGUUUUGGGACCUCCACGUGUGUGUGUGUGUGUGUGUGUGUGUGUGUGUGUGUGUGUGUGUGUGUGUGUGUGUGUGUGUGUGUGUGUGUGUGUGUGUGUGUGUGUGUGUGUGUGUGUGUGUGUGUGUGUGUGUGUGUGUCUGUGUCUGUGUGUCUGUGUGUCUGUGUGUGUGUGUCUGUGUGUGUGUGUGUGUGUGUGUCCACUACUGUUUGAGGGUCUAAAUUGGGGUGAAGAACUGCAAAAACAAAAAGACUCUCAAAACACAAAAAAAAGUCAUUCAUUGUAAAUAUUCUCUCCCAUGGGAAAAAAAGUAGCUUACACACUGGACUUUCUUUGCUUAUUAAAAACGGACAACGCAGAUCAGGUGGUUUAAGGGAGCAGCUGCUGACAAUGCUAUCAGUCUCUUUGGGCCUGUUAACAUUAAAGUCUUAUCAUUUUUUUGCAGACAAGCAGAGGCUGUCUCAAAGUCAACGUUGGCAGCAUUGUGACAGUUACAGCAGUGUGUGUGUGUGUGUUUGUCCGUGGGAAUGGGGUGGGGGUCAGUUUUCAUGUAAUCUUUCCUCCUAGUGUAUGCCUAGACCGUAUCAGGGGGAGGUUAAAGAUUGUAUUUAUUGAAAUGUUCUUCGGUCUCUGAAGAGCACGUAUGCAUAAUGAUACUGUUCAAUAACAGUAUCUUUAUUCAAAAUUGUAAUUUUAUCUCCAAGUCAAAAAAAAAAUACUGAGGAACUCAAGUUUACAGGUUUGUUUUGGACAUUUGAGGGCAUGUACUGUUGGUU